AUGCAGCGGGAACGCGGGGGGCAGACCCCGGGCCCCCCCGAGGCCGAGGUCAAGGCUGUCGUCGUAGGGGACGGGGGCUGCGGGAAGACGUCGCUGCUGGUGGCCUUCGCCAGGGGGGACUUCCCCAAGGUCUACGUCCCCACCGUGUUCGAGAAGUACACGGCCUCCCUCCAGGUUGACGGCAAGCCCGUGAAGAUCCACCUCUGGGACACGGCAGGACAGGAAGACUACGACAGGCUUCGCCCGCUCUCCUACUCGGACGCCAAUGUUGUCCUCAUCUGCUUUGACGUCACCAGCCCCAACAGCUACGACAACAUCCUCACGAAGUGGUACCCGGAGGUGAACCACUUCUGCAAGGGCGUCCCGGUGCUGCUGGUGGGCUGCAAGACGGACCUGCGGCGGGACCGGGAGGUGCUGCACAAGCUGCAGGAGGGACGCCUGGAGCCCAUCUCCCACCAGCAGGGAGAGGCCAUGGCCCGGCAGGUCCACGCCGUGUCCUACUUGGAGUGCUCGGCCAGGCACCAGGAGAACAUCGGGGACAUCUUCGCGGUGGCCUGCGGUGCCGCCCUCAGCGCCGCCCGCCGGAGCCAGCGCAGGAGGCGACCCAGGAGGGGCUGCGUGCUCUGCUGA